AAGCAAAUGUGGAGUAGAGAUUCUCAAACAAGCCUUAGCCUUCAUAAUCUGCAAGUUGUACUCGUUGAAGACUGUAAUGCUUUAGAAUACAUUUUUCCAUUUUCCAUCGCCAUGGAUUGCCUCAACUUGAAGAAAUUACCAUAAAGUAUGCGGGGAACAUGAAGGAAAUUGUUUCAGCCAAAGCAAGGCCCUUAGAUUGUCCUCCCAAAUUUGAAUUUAAUCAUAUGAGCUCAUUAGUCCUUUGGAAUUUGACAGAACUCCAGGGGUUUUUUACUGGAAAUCACAGUUUAGCAUGUCCGUCAUUGAAGCAAUUAGAUGUCCGAGGUUGUUUCAAAUGGGAGCUAUUCAUGAAACAGGGUACUGGCCACGAAGGAAGAGUCCUUCAUAGUAAUCUGCAAGUCUCAAUGCAAAAGUCUCCUUUCCCACUCGAAGAGGUGAUUCGAAACUUGGAGAUGUUGGCGCUCAACUAUGAAGAUGCUAGCAUGAUAUUACAAGGUCAAUUUUCUUGGGAGAACUUCAGCAAACUCAUAUCUCUUAAUUUGACCCACUUUGAAGAUGAGAAGGCUACAUUUCCAUAUUGGUUCGUAGAAAACAUAACCACUCUCCAAACACUGCUUGUUGAACAUAGUUCUUUCAAGGAGAUGUUCCAACAUGACAGGCAAAAUGAGAUUCAAACCCGAAUUAAAGAAUUGACGCUCAAUCAAUUGCAUGAACUCCAGCACAUAUGUAAAGAAGGAUUCCCAAUGGAUCCAAUUCUUGAGAUUCUCGACUUCCUAUGUGUGGAUGGAUGUUCCAAAUUGAAGCACUUGGUGCCUUCCUCUGUAACUUUUAGUCACCUGACAUAUUUAGUGGUGCAAAAUUGUGGUGGAUUGGUUCACUUUUUUACCUCAUCAACAGCAAGAAGUCUUGCCAGAUUAACAACAAUGAAAAUAAGGAACUGUUAUUCGUUAGAGAAAGUUGUGGCAGAAGAGAGGGAGGAGUUGGAAGAUGAAAUUAAUUUUAGCAGCUUAGAAAUUUUGGAGCUCCAAUUCUUGCCAAUGUUGAAGAUGUUUUGCUCCAGCAUUUGUGUGUUGAAUCUUCCAUUAUUGAAGGAAGUUGUUGUUAAGCAAUGCCGAAGAAUGAACAUCUUCUCUGUGACCACCACAAUCACUCCAAAGCUUCGACAGAUACUUUCAAAGGAAGAAGAUGAAAACAUAUAUUGGGAAGGUGACCUAAACAGAACGGUUAAAAAGAUGUUUUUGGACAUGGUGGCAUUCCGUAGUUUCACGUAUCUAUGGCUAUCUGAAUAUCCUGAGCUAAGAGAAUUGUGGUACAGCCAUGUUAAGCAAGAAGUGUUUGGUAAUUUGCAGACAAUGCAUGCAGAAGUUAGGGUCCUUCUUUACUUCUGAAAUGUGCUUCUUUUUGUUGGCUUUCAUGUUAUCAAACCUAAAAGUAACUAUCUCAGAAAGAUUAUAUCACCUCAGAAUGUAGCAUAAAAUUUAUUGCAUCAACCAACUUAGGAAGAAAAACUCAUCAACUGGGAUGGGUU